CGCCGGGCCAUGAAGCGGCGCAAGUGACGGGGACGCUGUGCCCGUGGGCCAUGGCCAGCCCGGCACCAUGGCUGCACUGGACACAAACAGAGCUGACGCACUGGGAGGGAGAGGAGGAGGAGGAGGAGGAAAACGACUUUGAAAGGCAGAUGGACGAGGAUGGGGUCAUCGGCCUGGGGGAGAAUGCCAGCAGCCCACCGUGGGGUGAUUACGAGGACCCGAGGAGGGUCGCUGGGACCCGGCAGGACCUGGAGGAGGAAGAGGAGGAGCAGGGCAGCUCCGGGGGGAACGAGGGGCCCUGGGGGGUGGAGAGCAAUGGGGAGCCCUACCCUGAGCUCUCCUACGAGGGCCAGUGGGGCUCGGGGUCCAACGGCAGCCCCGAGGUGCAGCGGGAUGGCCAAGGUGUCUGCCAGCCCCAUGGCUACAGCACGGACGCUGGUGACACCUCAGGGCUGUCGGACACCACCCGCCCGGGGCCCCCCGGCGGCCCCAUCAGCUUCAAGUCUCCGGCUGAAAUCGUCCAGGAGGCGCUGCUGAGCAGCGGGGAGGGGGUCCCGCCGCAGCCCCCCACCACCGCUGGGCUGCCGCAGGAGUUCAGGUCCCCCAGGCAAGCCACCGAGCUGGUGCAGCAGCUCCAGGAUGACUACCGCAAGCUGCUGAUGAAGUACGCUGAGGCCGAGAACACCAUCGACCAGCUACGCCUGGGUGCCAGGGUGAGCCUGUACGCUGACCCACCGCAGCCCAGCCGCAGCCUCGCCGUGGGCACCGUGGGCUCUGGCUGCCGGGUGGUGGCCCUCAGCAUCCCUCAGGCCAGGACAGCAGCUUUCAGCACGGCCAUGGCCCCGGCCACGCUGUCCUCGCCAGGCGGAGCUCCAACACCGGGACCAUCAGACCCGAGGUUUAGGAAGCUGAAGGAUGCGCAGGAUGUGCUGGAGCGGGCGUACCUGCAAGCCCGGCAGCAGCACCCGGGGACCUCGGGGGAGUUCGAUCCUGACCGCUCGGUGGAAGGGGAGAUUUUCCGCCUGGGACUGUGCCUGGAGGAGCUGAAGGAGCGGCUGGAGCCGGGGGCCAGGCAGCUCCCCCGGCCUCUCUGGCAGAAGCAGCUCCAGCUGGAGGAGGAUUUUGGUGACCUGCUGGCGCAGUACAAGCACUUCAAGUCCUUGCCGGAGUCGCUGAGCCUGGAGCAGCUGAGCCUGGCAGGGAGCAGGUCCCCGGAUGAGGCAGAUGGCCCUGCGGCAGGGGAUGGUGGCCCCAGCGAGGUCCCCUGCAGGACACAGUCACUAGUGGAGGGGGCCGACCUCGAGACCUCCCCCUUGCACCCCCCAGUGAGGACAGCGGCACCGCUGCCCCCUGGGGAGCCUCCAUGGCCAGGGGGGCCACUGGGCCACCUGUCCCCGGCCACCACUGAGGAGCCGCCGGCUGCAGCCAAGCCCCCCCUGGUGCUCCCCGAGCCAUCACGGGCACCCCUGUCCUACCGGAGCAGUGGGGCGGGCAGCGCUGCCUCCCAGCACCGGCUCCGCAAGGAGCAGCGCAUCGUGUCACCAGAGACGGACAGCGGCUUUGUGGGCUCGGAGGCCAGCAGGGUGUCACCCCCCAUGCACACCCCUGAGCACCAGCCCCCCAGCACCGGGACCCCCAGCUCGCUGGGACCCUCCAUCCCCGUCCCCGUGACCCUCCGUCCUCUGCAAAAGAGAGAGGUGACCCCACUUUCCUCUGAGGCGGCGCUGAUGGGCAUCUACCCCGCGGGCAGGCAGGGCGGCUCGGGGGGGCUCCACCUGCCCCCCAGCACCUCCUCGCAGAGCAUCUCCCCGGAGCCGAGCCCCCCGGUGCGGGGCAGGGCAGCCCCGGGGCUCACACCCAUGAAGAGGGGGAGGUCAGCAUCUCUGCCCCGGGACAGGCCAGAGCUGGACCUCACCUCCGAGUCAGACCCCUCGCCUGCCAGGCCCCAGGGCACCCUGUCCCCACAGAAGAGCCCUGGGAGCCCCCCAGGUGCGAUGACAUUUCGGGGACAGUACACAGGGACACGGUACCAGGCAGGGAGGCUGCGCAAUGCCCCGGCACCCCAAGAGGAGUCGGGCACCCUGGGGUGCCCCCGGUGCCACGGGAGCAGGACGCCGUCAGCCGGCUCCUGGGUGGGCGAUGCCACGAGGCAGCCCCAGCACAGCACCCCGAGGAGGACACGCUGCCCCACUUGCCAGGCACCCAUGGGUGCCCCUGCGCCCAGUGGCAGGGAUGGAGCCACACACGCGGAACGUGACCCUGCUGGCACGUCCCUUCCAGGCUCCCGUGUCGGUCCCCGAGCUGAGAAGCCGGAGCAGCCCGGACUUUGGUACUUGGUGGGCAGCCCCGGUGCCACCGCCACCAUCGGCUGCCUUGCGCCUGUCCCCCUCGUGCCUUACGUGCCCCCUGUGCUCUACUGCCCCCCGGCGGUCCCUCCCUCAGCCCCAGCCAUGGCUGGGGUCCCCCUCCAGCACGCCAGGGCACGGGGGCGGGCAGAGCAUCCCCCCUGGCCGCAUGCUGCUGGCCACCACCCCUACAUCCUGCGGCGCUUGUCCGUCUGUCCAUGUUCAGGACCACGCAAGCUGCAGGAGGGAGGCAAGACGUGA